AUGUCAUUAAUUUGUACUAUUUGUUGUGAAUCAUAUACGAGUCCUGGUACCGAACAUGCUAUUUAUUCAACUAUUUGUGGUCAUUUGGUAGGUAAAUCAUGUCUUGAAAAAUGGAGAAAUUCUAAAACUACAAGAACUUUUACAUGUCCUAAAUGUAAUAAAAAAUUAACUAAAAAGGAGUACCAUCCUAUUUAUGAUUUACCAGAUGAAUUUUUUAAUUCAACAAACGAAGAUGAGAUAUUAGAAAAAAUUAUAACAGAUGAGGAUAUUAAAAAUGAGUUUUUAAAACUUAACUCAAAUAUGGAACCACGAUUUAUAAAAAGAAUUGAACAAGAUUUUUGUGGGGAAAAUCGGUUGUUAGAUAUGCAUAAUGGAUAUCUUCUGCUUAUUGGUCAUGUUUCUCCAACAAAUUUAACAGAACAGUUUUUGAAGAUAAUCAAUUGCCGCAAUGCUGUAGCUUUAAAUAAAUUUAAAACUGAUGUAAUUGAAUAUAUUAUUGGAUUUGAAAAUGUAAAUAAAGAAAUAAAUGAAAUAGCUUCAAUUAAUUCAAUAUGUUUUUUGGGAAGCGAAAAAUAUGCUUAUUCUGCUGGACCAGGACAUGUAUAUGUCACUACUACAUCAUGUAAUUUCAAAGAUAAUUGGUAUAGAGCUGAAUUUGAUAAAGGUGAUGUUGUAACAAAUCUUCAAUGUCUGUCAGAACAUGCUGUACUAGGUAUUGUAGGAAGUAAAAUUUAUGUGUUUGAAGAAAAUGUAAGAUCUUAUACACUGUGUGCAGAUUAUGGUGAUGUUGUUAGUUAUGCUUUGAAUUCUCUGAAUUCUAUGAUUUUAGUUUUUUACUCAAGAAGGAAUGAUUGUGGUGAUUAUAGUAGUACAACACAAAGUUAUGUAUUGCGUAGAAUUUUGCGAUCACUUACUAGCAAUGAUUUUGAUUUUGAUAAACAAACUUAUAGUGCUUAUACUCGUAAAAUGAUAUAUAAUAGAGAUAAAAUGUUUCCAGUUCCGUUAUCUUCUAAUUUGAUUAUAGAAGAAAUUAAUGAUGAAAAAGCUUUUGAAUGUUCAUUAAUACCAAAUAUUAAAACACAAGGUUUAGAAAUUAUUCAUAUUAAAGCAACACCAGAAGUAAUAGGAAAAGAAACAUUUGUAAAUAUGGAAGAUUGUUUAGGAGUUAAUUUUACUAAUGAACCUAUAUGGUUAUUAAAGAGUCAGUUAUUAAAGCUUCGAACAGCUAUUAUUUUUAAAAAUACUUUUUAUAUUUUUGAUAUAUAUUGUCCUGUAAAAUAA